CAGCUCAAAGGAAUGCUCUGUCACACAUCAUCCUGAAGUGGUACCUGCAUACCUGUGCACUACAAAGCUUUUGGAAGUCUCCAGCAGCACCGGCAGCCAUGGUUCUGGAAGAGAAUGAGUCCGACUCUGUCUUUGAGCCCCACAUCGCUGAGGAGCAUGUCGACACUCAGUAUGGGAAAGUCCACUGCAUCAUGACGGGGACACCCAAGGCAAACCGCCCAGUCAUCCUGACAUUUCAUGAUGUUGGCCUGAACCACAAGUCAUGUUUCGAGACUCUGUUCACACAUGAGGACAUGCAAGAAAUUAUCAGACAUUUCCCGGUUUGUCAUGUCGAAGCACCAGGACAACAUGAGGGGGCCAAAACCCUCCCAACAACGUAUUCCUACCCGACCAUGGACCAGCUGUCCGAAGCGCUGCCUACCGUGCUCAAACACUUUGGGUUGCACAGUGUGAUUGGACUGGGGGUUGGAGCUGGUGCCUACAUUUUGGCUAAUUUUGCUCUGAAUCACCCAGACCUGGUGGACGGAUUGGUUCUGAUCAACAUCAACCCCAAUGCCGAAGGAUUAAUAGAUACUGUCGCAAACAAGAUUACUGAAUGGACUCACGCCCUCCCUGACACAAUUAUCACUCACUUAUUUGGAAAGGAUGAGAUCCAGUCCAAUCAUGACCUCAUAGCCACAUACCGCCACCACAUCACCACAUCUAUGAACCAAUCCAAUGUGGGUCAGUUCUUCCGUGCCUACAACAGCCGCACUGCUCUUCAGGUGGAGAGGCCUGUUGAAGGAGGCAACGUCAACGUCAGAACCCUCAAAUGCUCCACUUUGCUGGUUGUUGGAGACAGUUCUCCAGCUGUGGAGGUCGUAGUGGACUGCAACUCCAAACUCAACCCAACCAAGGCCACGCUGCUCAAGAUGGCUGAUUGUGGAGGACUUCCUCAAGUGGCUCAGCCAGCCAAAGUGAUUGAAGCCUUGAAGUACUUCAUCCAGGGCCUGGGAUACCUGUCCAGUGCCAGUAUGACCAGGCUUCGGUCACGAACGACCUCCAGCUCCAGCAUCUCGUCCAUGGAUGGCCCUCGGAGCCGCGCUCACACCAAUGAACUGCAACGUGGCCGCAUUCACUCACACGGCGCAGAGGAGAAGCGUGGACGCUCCCACACUGACGUCUCCAUGGACAGCAUCUCAAACAGCAAUAUGGACCGCAUGAUUUCAAAGUCCACUGAAGUGGCAUGCUAGAGCACACACACACACACACUACACGUAUAUCAUGCAUGAGUUAAAUUACGUAUACCUCAGACCUCUUUUUACCGGGCUCCACCCUCUUUCUACCCGCCACGCCCUUUUAUCUGCACUCAAAGGUCACAGUCGUAGCUAAACCACCAGUUUCUCUCAUCCUUUGCCACUGAUUGCAGACAUUCAUAUAAUAAUCAUUAAAAACAAUAUUCAUUCAAAUGUGUUCUUAGUUUAGCUGUACAUCUACAUUGGUAAUUUUUCAUUACUUUCUUGUACUUUUGUCAGGAGUUUAUUAGAAAUGUAUAUGUAUAAGUAUAUAGAAAAAUGUUUGGUCCUGUAGAAGAAUAAAAUGAUGCGAUAUUUCAAUAAAUAAUAAUAAAAA